AAGAAGAAGAAGAAGAAGAAGAAGAAGAAGAAGAAGAAGAAGAAGAAGAAGAAGAAGAAGAAGAACAACAACAACAACAACAACAACAACAACAACUUAGGAAAAUCAAUAGGGUCCCCUAAAGAAUAUGAAGAAGAAUCCCAGCAAAAACAAUCGGUGUUCUACGCGCUGGUGCUUGGCCCCCUAAUAAACAGGAGAGCAGGGGGUGGGGGCAUAUAUAAGCACAGACUGGCUGCCUGUUCUGCCAGGUUACAGUCCGCUUGUAGAUUGUGCAAUGUAGUCGAAAUCUGGAGUUUUAACUUCCAACAGAAGUGGCAUUCACAAUAGUCCAUGCACAUAUUUAACACAAGAAAGAACCUUACACAAAUCGGUCUUCUUCUAUAUAGCCUAUAUCUACUGUGGAGACAUACGUCGUCAUAUUUUAAACGAAGAAAACUAGAAUGAACUUAACGCCGCAGCUCUUGGAUCUCUUGCUGGAAGCCUCAAACUUCUCCAGGAGGCAGUUCAUCCAGGAAUAUGGUCCACCGCCCCUGGUGUACAUCCCACGGCUGCCCACUGCACUGCAACCCAUCUUUGGCCUCGUCUAUGUGCUGAUCUUCAUCCUGGCUCUGGUUGGCAACACAACCGUGCUCAUUCUGCUGUGUCGGAGGAAAGCCCUGCAGUCACCCAGCACCUUCUUUAUCUGCUCAUUGGCGUUGAGUGAUCUUCUGAUCUCCAUCUUCUGCAUGCCUGCCACAUUGCUCCAGCAUUUCUUCACAAACUGGUUGGCAGGCGAUUUCCUGUGCAAGUUAAUACCAUUUCUGCAGGUGACUGCCAUAGCAACCAGCAUUCUCACAAUGACUUGCAUCGCCGUGGAACGAUUUAAAGGAAUUCUGUACCCACUGAAGCUACAGAGUGGCUAUUCCCCAUGUCAUGCCAUGAAGAUGCUUGGUCACAUGGUCUUCAUCAUUCCAUCCGGUUCAGCUGAACAGCUAUUUCCAUUUCUUCCAGUCGCCGUGUGGUUGAUUGCUCUGGCAGUUGCAGGCCCAAUGUGGUAUGCACACAAAGUGGAGGUGAAAUAUGACUUCCUGUAUGACGUGCAUUACACGUGCUGCCAAGAAGUGUGGCCCCACCCGAAGCAGAGGCAGACCUAUACCACUGUCCUCUCAGUCCUCGUCUUUCUGGUCCCCAUGCUGAUCAUGGCUGUGCUGUACGGGAGGAUAAUGGCAGAACUGUGGGGUAAACACAGAGUCCACGAUGUCAUGUUUCAGGCUCUCCCGGGGUCAGAGAUCAAGAAGAUCACCAGAAAGAGAAGACAUGCUGUGAAGAUGAUGGCCACUGUGGUUCUCCUGUUUGCCAUCUGCUGGGCUCCUUUUCAGUUAGUCUCCCUUCUCUCUGACUACGGAAUGCUGAACUUGAACUCAGAUCAUGAGUUCAUGGUGUUCAGCACGGUCCAGAUUUUGGGAUUCAGCAACUCCGUGUGCAACCCGCUGGUGUACGCAGCCCUCAACAACAACUUCAAGAAGGACCUGGUGGGCUUGCUGAGGCGGGGCAGGGGGAAGGGCUGGUGCCCGCCCCGGCAGCUGAGGCGGAAGGUUCGGGUGGGUGUCUCGGCCAAUGAGCCGCCCUGUCUCAGGAAGUGUGCGGAGCGGGACACCAACAGGGGGGCGCGCCAGUGGAGCAGGGUGGCCUGGGAGGCGGAGCCCACCACUUCACGCACCUUCCCUCAAAGUCACCUCUUCAGGGUGGCCACCAAAAAGACCAGCAGCCCGCUGCUGCUCAGUGUCACUGACCCCCUCCCCGUUAGCACCUCCCGCUCGUAAGCACCAACACACUCCUACCCCUGCUAGGUGCCGACUGUGGCCGGUAGCUGCAUAGGGUGAUGUGCGGUUGCCAUCUCCCAGGGUACAGUAGGGAUGCGUUUUAUCGCUCUCUGGCAACCCCCACAGGCCGAUCAGGCACCCGCGGACUGCAUGCCAAAGCCGCGUAUGAAAUGUGCGCCUCCGAGCUUGGAAGCAGUCUGUGGUGUGAAAAGCAGGAGGCUGGUGACACGCCAUCGUUUUCCGGAGGAGAACCGCGAUGUCUUCAUGCUGCUGAAUUGGCAGCGGAGAUUGCACCUGAACAUGGCUACAAAAAUCAGUUGUGUGUUACAAGUUAGGGUGGGAAUUGGACAUGUUCAGCCCAAUCUUGAGGGCCAAAUUUUAAUAAUAAUUUUUUUUUAAAACACUGUAAUUACGUGUAUGUGUUUGGGUGUUUAAAUAUUUUUUUAAUUGAUCAAUGGGCAUUAUUCUUGAGGGGAAAAAAAUCGGUGCUUUGCUGACAAGCAUUUAUAUAAUGGAAGUCAAAUCAGAAGUUAACAAGAUUAUCGUGAUAGAGUUGCAUCUCUUUAGAGUUUAGGGAGUUUUCAUUGCUCUUUGGAAUUGGCAAGAAGGCACGUUGUAUUUCAAGCACUGUGUAUAUGCAUUUUAUCAGAUAUGUGGUAAAUGUAAAUGCAAGCAAGUAAACCAA